AUGUUUUGCCCACCCUCUGAAGAAAAUAUAAAAGUUGACAACAAAAAUUUACCUAAUAGGAAAGCAAGUCGAUCGAACAGGAAGAAUAAAAAGCAUAUCAAGAAAAAAGUUAAAAGACAUACAAAACUUUCUCGGAGUAUGUCAUCUUGGGCGGAAAAUUUCACUUUUGCGGCUACUUGGCAGCUAAAGCAACAAGUUGCUUUUUGGAAAGCACGAGCUAAAGCUUUAGAAUAUGAAAACGGUGUAUUACACGACGUUAUACGUAGAAACCAAUGUGCUGUUAAGUCUAAUACUUGUACUGACGAUGACGGAAGUAGUGAUGAAAAUAAUCAUUCCGAACAGGAAGACGCUCAAACAGAUAAUGCUAUGGUUGAAGACAACGAGGAUGACGAAUUUGAAGUAAGUGAACAGUUCAUAACAUUUUUAACAGCAAACGCGAAGUACAAAGAAGACGCUAAACGUGAAAGGGAAAGGUUGAAGGCACAAUCAGAAGCUGAAAAUCAAGAAAAUAUUACAGAAGAGAUCCAAGAAAGUGCUCAAGAAAAUAUGGACAGGAUGAGGAAUUUGUAUGGUGAUAAAUGGCAGAGGAUAUCGGCAUUAGAAAUGUCCUUAUUGACUAAUUUUAUACAAGAGUGUGAUCAGAAUAAACCUUCGUAUUGGCCGAAUAUACCAUUUAAUUUUAAUACAAGCUGA